CUAUUUAUUCCCAACACAGAAGAGCAGAGAAGAGAUCGCAAACUCCAAUUCCCCAUUACCUCUUAAUCUUCUUCUUCUUCUUCUUCUCUUUCACCUGGAGAUGGCGAUGGCUAAGUUCGCUGCCAUCUUGAUCUUGUUUCUCAUUGCCCUUUCCAUGUUUGAGACCACGGUCAUGGCCGGCAAUGGACGUGGUGGUCGCAACAGGAACCCAUAUGGACCAGGGAGCGUCAAUAUCUACCGUAAAUACUCUCCUAAUUCCAAAUCCCAACAGUUUUUGAGUAAUUUUUUUAUGGUUGAUUUGCUUGAAUUAGUGGAUAUGAAAUGGGUUAAAAAAUUGACAGAAUGCCCAAGUCGGUGCGCCAGUCGAUGCGGGAGGACACAGUACCACAAACCAUGCAUGUUCUUUUGCCAAAAAUGCUGCAGAAAGUGCUUGUGCGUGCCGCCGGGUUACUAUGGAAACAAAGGCGUUUGCCCUUGCUACAAUAACUGGAAGACCAAGGAAGGAGGGCCCAAAUGCCCUUAAAAACACACAACCCAUUUCCAUUUCAAUCUCUUUUGUGCUCUUGAAGCAAAUUGAGAUCUGUUAUGCUCUCUUCUUGAAAAUGAAGAUGAAAUAUGUCACCCAAUCGGGGGAGCUUCUUGGCUUCGGCUUAUUCCUUUUAUUAUGAGCAAUGAAACCUCUUGUUUCUGUUCAAAUUUCAGUGUUUCCAUGUGACGCUGUCGUAAUUAGUCAAUACUCUGCCCUCAGCCUCACGUGAAUGGAUGGGUGGAUGGCACUGGCAAACGCUUCUUGACCCAAUAAUAAUGGACGAACUACGAUCAAAUGGAUUAAACAGUUACAAAACGGUGGUACUAAUUUGGUUUUAGGCUAUGAUUUGAUUCCAUUCAAAUUGUUUAGUGAGUAUUGUGUGCAAUCAGUUUGUACAAAAUUUGACUAUUAAAUAUUUAAUCUCGUUUUCUAACUA